AUGUAUGGAAAAGCAGCUAUCUCACUAACAUUCAUAAUUCUUCUGUUAAUCACCUUCUCCCUCUUCAUCGGAACAGUUGAUGUCAGAUCAUACUUUUUCCAAUCACCAGAUGGAGCAUACCACUUCCCCUGUACACCCGCCCAUACCCAAUCUUCUCCCUCUGCUCCGCUCAAAGUCUACAUGUACGAUCUUCCACGUCGAUUCAAUAUUGGAAUGAUGGAGAGGAAGAAGGAGGGUGGAGAUGACACGCCGGUGAAGACAGCGGAGGAGUUGCCUCGGUGGUCUGCGAAUGCGGGAGUGAGGAAGCAACAUAGUGUGGAGUAUUGGUUAAUGGCUUCGCUUUUGGGUAGCGGUGGAGAGGGAGAGGGGAGGGAGGCGGUUAGGGUUUUGGAUCCGGAGAUUGCGGAGGCGUUUUAUGUGCCAUUUUUUAGUUCGUUGAGUUUUAACACUCAUGGACAUAACAUGACUGAUCCUGAAACAGAAAAGGAUCGGCAAUUGCAGGUUGAUUUAAUGGACUUUUUGCAAAAAUCCAAGUAUUGGCAGAGGUCUGGAGGCAGAGACCAUGUGAUUCCAAUGACACAUCCAAAUGCUUUUAGAUUUCUGCGACAACUGGUGAAUGCAUCCAUUCUUAUUGUUGCAGAUUUCGGCCGCUACCCUAGAUCCUUGUCAACUCUGAGUAAAGAUGUGGUGUCACCGUACGUACACAUUGUGGAUUCCUUCAAAGAUGAUGACCUAUCAGACCCAUUUGAGUCUCGAACAACCCUUCUUUUCUUCAGGGGGAAUACAGUCAGGAAAGAUAAAGGAAAAGUCCGUGCUAAACUGGAAAAGAUAUUGGCUGGUUAUGAUGAUGUUCGGUAUGAACGAGGCUCGCCUACAGCAGAAUCAAUACAUGCGUCAACUCAAGGGAUGCGGUCAUCGAAGUUCUGUCUAAACCCUGCAGGAGACACUCCUUCCUCUUGCCGGCUUUUCGAUGCUAUUGUUAGCCACUGUGUUCCAGUCAUUGUGAGUGAUCAAAUUGAGCUCCCCUAUGAGGAUGAAAUUGACUACAGCCAAUUCUCAAUUUUCUUCUCUAUAAAUGAGGCUAUACAGCCAGAUUACAUGGUUAAUAAGCUCCGGCAAUUUCCGAAGGACAGAUGGAUUAAAAUGUGGAGGCAGCUUAAGAAGAUCUCCUAUCACUUUGAAUUCCAGUACCCUCCAAUGAAGGAAGAUUCAGUCAACAUGCUAUGGAGGCAGAAAUACUUUAGAUUCAACACUAAAAAUCCCAAUGCGUUUGUAAAGAAUCUGCAACAAGCUAUAUCUUCAGAUAAAUCCCUGAAGGAACUGGUUAAAAAGACUACUAGUCGACAGUUAUUUUGUUACUGCCAUAGGGAAUGCUCAUUCAGUUUAGAACCAAUGGAGGUAAACUCUGUUAGCUCCCACUCCAAUGAGAAGCAACCAAUAGAGCAUGCCACAUCUACCAAUGGAGAACAUAAGCACACAGAAAAGGAGAAGAGUACUUCUGCAUUCAUCAAUCAUGCUGCAAUUGCAUGGCAUGAGAGCAGAAGAAAGUGGAUUGGAGAUCAAUCUCAACGGCCACAAAGAAUGAUUAAGGACCCAGUUAUAAGCUGGUCAACGACCUAUGAAGAUUUGCUCUCAACUCAGGAGCCCUUCUCGGAGCCAAUCCCUUUACCAGAGAUGUUUAGAGCUUUAGAGAGAGAGAGGGAGAAAGAAAUGGAUAAAUUCAAGACCAUUUUAAAACCAAAACCAAAACCUCAAGAGCAAUUGAGAGAUUGGCAGAGAAAGCUACGUCAAGAGUGCCGCAACAUUGAGCGACAAAUCAGAGGCAAGUUUCUAAUUUUCACUUUUCUUUCAAUUAUGGAUGUUCAGAGGGAGGAGAAAAAUGUAAAUAAAGCAAUUAAGGAGGCUGCCAAGAGAAAUGACAUGGGGUCAGCUAAGGCACUUGCAAAGGAGAUUGUGAUGUCUAGAAAAGCUGUGAACCGUCUUUACGAAAAUAAGGCCCAACUGAAUUCGAUAUCAAUGCACCUUGGAGAAAGUGUUGCAAUUGCCCGAACUGUGGGUCAUUUAUCUAAAAGCGCUGAGGUCAUGAAACUUGUCAAUAACCUCAUGAAAGCUCCAGAAAUGGCGGCCACAAUGCAAGAAUUCAGCAGGGAGAUGACAAAGGCUGGGGUUAUUGAAGAGAUGGUAACUGAUGCUGUUGAUACAGCACUGGAUUCUGAAGACAUGGAAGAGGAAAUUGAAGAAGAGGUUGAUAAGGUCCUAACAGAAAUAGCUGGCGAGACAGCUGCUCAGCUUCCUGAAGCUGUCAGAAAGGAAAGAGCAAGGGCACCUGCUCAAAAAGCAAGCACCUCACAUGAAGAAGAAGCUAUUGCAGAGGGUGCAGAUGAUGAGGAAGAACUAGAAGAGCUAAGGGCACGGCUGGCCAAAGUCAGAUCGUAG